AAGUCGCUUAAGCGGAAACCCCCUCUGUAUGAAUAGGCUAUAACUCGUUUGGUUUGGUGGUUUAGUUUUAAAGUUACAAAAAUAAAACUAUGGGCGGCACUAAAUGCAGUUUUCGUGAUUGUCCGGUAAACUCCAAACGAAAUCCCAAUAUGCACUUCUUCAAGUUCCCUACUAAAGACCAAGGGAGGUUGCAGGAAUGGGCUAAAUACUGUGCAAAUGUGCCCCCGAACAAAUGGGCCACAAGGACUGUUUGUGCCAGGCACUUUCGUGCGGAAUCCUUUAUGAACUACAAAAUGGACAGGCUCGUGCCCAAGCAAACGCCUACUUUGCUGAGGAUCAACAGGGAUUUGGCCCUGGACUUUGCGAGCCUCGACCAGAACGGGGAGCCACUUCUUGUGAAGCUGAAGCCUCCAACGCAGCCACAUCUCAUACCGCCCAAGGACUUUAAAUGUCCCCUGGGAUUCGUGGACGAUGACGAUAUCGAGCUCCAGAAAGUGGAGGUAACCGGGAAGCAGACUAGAGUUUCCGCGGAGAAACCACAGGAAACACAGACAGCGGAACAUGUCGAUCUAAAUCAGGAGGAGGCACAGCAACCAGCGGAGGAUAUUGCAAAAUCUGACAUUUUGAUGGAUGCAGAGCAGGAGCAGUCGGCACUGGCCAAAGAGAAGGUGGCGGCGGAGACUCAGGAUGUCACAGCAUCAACCAGCGGAGGUUCGGGCAUGCCUAUGCCUCAAAACAUUCUGGAUAUAAUUAGUCAACUGCAGCCUUCGCUGGGCAUCAAAUUGGUGAAAAGGCCAGUUGAGAUACACACAAUAAAUGGAGGGGACGUGGCUCUGAAUGAACAGCAGACUGAAGAUUUAACUAAAAGGCAGAUGUUAACCAAUGAGAUAGAAAAGUACGCUAAAUUAGUGAGUACAAGUGUGGAGGUUAAGCCAAAGGUAAUCACACUUAGAGACGAAGAUCAGCCCAAGAAAAUGUGUACAGAUAUAAAUAAAAAGCGUGGAAUGCAGAAGGAAGACCUACGGUACGCAGAGCAUGCUAAGAAAAGAAAGAUACCAGAAGAAGAACAAAAGACUGACCACCUCGCUGAAACUAGGAGCGAGUUCGUAAAGAAUCUAAGGCAAGAGGCUCCACAAAGUGAAAUACCCUCUCAAUCCAGCCACUUUAACCCGAACCCUGGCCAAGGUAAAAACAAUAAGGAGGCUCUUUUUAAUACUGAAUCUUCAUGUUUUUCAAACGACGAAGAGGAGAAUAUGGAUCCUGGUAGUGACAGUCAGGAUGGAUCAGAUCCGGGUGAAAAACCGUCUUCUUCCGAAGACGACCUGCGUGAAAAGCUGCUUUACGAUUACAACAAACUAAAGGCCGAGUUUGACAAACUGUCGGAGGAGAAUGCCAAACUAAAACGACUGCAGGCGGAACGUCUAAAGGUUCCCACUCCCACCAAGCCCGCAUCCAACUCGUUGACCAAACCACAGCUUUACAUGGCCAUAAAGAAGUACCUGGGACCCACUAUGGCUGCCCUGCUUCGCAUUGAAAUGUUUGGGGGUUCUGAGGAUCGCACCUGGAAGGAAGACGAGCGGGAGUUUGCCAUAGAGUUACUGCAACUGGGCGAUGAGGUGUACAAGUACUGCUGCGACGAGUGGCGAUUCCGGCUCCCUCCGCUACGGACUGCUCGUUCCUGGCUGGAGAAAAAGAAAACAGAAGAUGUCGAAGAUUUUUUAGAUUUGUAGUCUUGUUGCAAAAGAAAUAACUAUUAUAGAAUACUUCUAAAAUUUUACUUUGGUGACAUGGCAGCAAAACCUUAAGUCUUUCGUUUAAGUUAUAUUCUCGUUCCUCGUAAAGAAACAUUUUGAUGCGCCCGUAAUUUUAAGAUUAGAAUUGAAAUUUUAUUAUGUUGUCAAUGGCUCGACUUACUUAAAAAAUGCUUUUAUUAAGUGUAGAAACGUCAUUGUCAGUAGAAGUAAAGUAUUUUAUGUUGUCUUAAAGAAAAUAAUUAAUU